ACGGGUAAGGUCACGGGUUCUCUGUAAACAUCAUGGCGGCGCCCUGCGGGAGACAUGCCGCUCUAUGGCUGUACCGAUUACGGUCAUCGGUGUCAGUUGCUUCCCGGCCCUGCAGCACAGCCGGAUCGGCUGAGUAUUUCCUUUCCGGAGGACAUGAUAAAGCAGCGGAAGACCAAAGCAUCUCCCGAGCACCGGGGGGAAAGGACCUCAUCAAGGGUAAAGAGUCAUUUGCUUCUUUGCUUCGCCGAUCUCCAAUUAUUCAGAUGGGACCCGCCAAGGAUAAGAUAGCAGUGGGGAAAAUCUUCCAUAUUGUUGGAGACGAUCUAUACAUCGACUUUGGGGGCAAAUUUCAUUGUGUGUGCAAAAGACCUGAGCAAGAUGCAGAGUAAUACCAGAAGGGGAGCCGAGUGCGCCUGAGACUGGUGGAUCUGGAGCUGACCUCGAGGUUUUUAGGAGGCAGCACGGACACGACGCUCCUUGAGGCUGAUGCUGUGAUACUGGGGCUGGUGGAGAGCAGAGAUCCAAAAUGAGAA